AUGUUUGCCAGCCUUGACUCCUCCUAUAAAGUAGAAGAUCGCACCCGUUUGGCCCCGAUCCCUCACGGCGAGUGCGUGCUGCUACGGUUGCCGUUGGAAGUGCUUCUCUACGCGUUGGGUUUCCUUGACCCGCUCGACCUCUGCUCCGUCGCCCGAACCUGCACAUCGCUGGAUCAAGCCAGCGGGAGUGACAGCCUGUGGCGUCGGUUCUGUGACCCCGAGUGGUUCGCUUCCGGCACGAAGCCGUGCAAGGCGCACUAUCUGGCCUGGAUACGACCGCGCAUGGGAGACUACGCCCGGCAGCGAAGCGAGCUACGAGGUGAAGGAAGAGACCCGACACCAGCGAUGUAUGAGACGCUAGCUCCUGAGCCGCACAACAUGAAGAUAGUGAGGCAGCAGCAGUCACAACAAGACUCGCAAGAGCACAUCAUGAAGGUCGUGGUGGUGGGUCACGCGGAAUUCGAGAGAACGCGGCUCGUGCGACAUUGGGCAGGGCAUGGCCCGGGCCAAACGAGCCGUCGGGCCACCACCAUCGGCGUGGACUUCGCGCUCAACGUGCUUGACGUCAACGGCGCUGUAGUUCGCGUGCAAACGUGGGACAUAGCCAACCAAGAACGCUUCGGCAACAUGGUUCGUGUCUAUCUCAAGGAAGCCUGCGGCGCGGUGCUCGUGUACGACGUCACCAAACGCGAAUCGUUCGACAGACUCCCGGAGUGGGUCGCACACGUGCAAAAGGCCAACAUCCCGAGCGUCAUCGUUGAAGCGUGGCAGGUGACCAGCGAGGAGGCAGCGAGCUUCGCGGCCCAGAUAGGCGCUCUGGGGUCGAUUACGGUCAGCUCGCGCGACGACAUUAGAGUGAACGAGGCGUUCAUGAUCCUGGUCAACAACAUCCUCGAGAAGGGUCAUCACAGGAGUGAGAACAUGCUCUACACCACGGUAUUCGGCCCUGCGCACCUGAGGCGAUGCUGGGUGCCCGCCAAGGCAGUGCUCGACGGGAUGCCGCUGACUCUCCGCGCGACCGCCCCCGCGGCCGCUAGUUCCAGCAAGUGCCUUGUGCAAUGA